GCGAGGGGGGAGGGGGUGUUUUGGUUCUCGCCGCUCGCCGUCCUUUCCAGACGGUGUCCGACAGCGCUGCCGCUGCUUGCUGCCUCUUCCCCUCGUCCCUCUCCCUUUUCCAGCCCUCCGAUCUGCCCCUCCUCAUUCCCUCCUGCCUGCCUCUUCCCCCCCACCUCACCCCCUUUAUUUUAUCUUAUUUAUUUUCCCUGCCGCCCGGCGUCUGGGCCAUUUUCCGGGCCGGGCGUACCCGGGCGCGCGGCCCCGGGGCCCAGUAUAUGACCCGACGCCUUGCAACCCCUCGCUUCCCGCGAAGCCCCAUGUGGCUGCGGGGCCGCGGCGGCGCUGCCCACUAUGGCCCGGAAAGCAGUUAGCAGGAAGCGGAAAGCGCCUGCCUCGCCGGGAGCUGGGAGCGACGCUCAUGGCCCGCAGUUUGGCUGGGAUCACUCACUUCACAAAAGGAAAAGGCUCCCCCCGGUGAAGCGAUCCUUGGUCUCCUACCUGAAGAACCGUGAAGUCAGGCUCCAGGAUGAAAGCAACUACUCUCGGGUGCUGCAUGGAUAUGCUGCACAGCGACUUCCUAGUCUCCUGAAGGAGAGAGAGUUUCACCUUGGGACCCUUAACAAAGUGUUUGCAUCUCAGUGGUUGAAUCAUAGACAAGUGGUGUGUGGCACGAAAUGUAACACGCUCUUUGUAGUGGAUGUCCAGACAAGCCAGAUCACCAAGAUUCCCAUUCUGAAGGAUCGAGAGCCUGGAGGUGUGACCCAGCAGGGCUGUGGUAUCCAUGCCAUCGAGCUGAACCCCUCUCGCACACUGCUGGCCACGGGAGGCGACAACCCCAACAGUCUCGCCAUCUACCGGCUGCCUACACUAGACCCCGUGUGUGUGGGAGAUGAUGGACACAAGGACUGGAUCUUUUCCAUUGCUUGGAUCAGUGAUACUAUGGCAGUAUCUGGCUCACGUGAUGGUUCUAUGGGGCUCUGGGAAGUGACCGACGACGUGCUGACCAGAAGUGACGCGAGACACGAGUCCCAAGUCCCCGACUACGCUCACAUCACGCAUAAGGCCUUAAAGGACAUCCCCAAAGAAGACACGAACCCUGACAACUGCAAAGUCCGGGCUCUGGCCUUCAACAACAAGAACAAGGAGUUGGGAGCGGUGUCUCUGGACGGCUACUUUCAUCUCUGGAAAGCGGAAAACACACUGUCUAAGCUCCUGUCCACCAAACUGCCGUACUGCCGCGAGAAUGUGUGUCUGGCCUAUGGUAGCGAGUGGUCCGUGUAUGCCGUGGGCUCCCAAGCCCACGUCUCCUUCUUGGACCCACGGCAGCCGUCGGGCAACGUGAAGUCUGUGUGCUCCAGGGAAAGAGGCAGUGGAAUCCGCUCCGUGAGCUUCUACGAGCACAUCAUCACCGUGGGCACGGGCCAGGGCUCCCUGCUGUUCUACGACAUCCGAGCGCAGAGGUUCCUGGAGGAGCGGUUCUCGGCCUACGGGUCCAAGCCCAAACUCACAGGGGAGAACCUGAGACUAACCACCGGCAAAGGCUGGCUGAAUCAUGAUGAAACCUGGAGGAAUUACUUCUCGGACAUUGAUUUCUUCCCUAAUGCUGUUUACACCCACUGCUACGACUCGUCCGGCACGAAACUCUUUGUGGCAGGAGGUCCCCUCCCUUCAGGGCUCCACGGCAACUAUGCCGGGCUCUGGAGUUAAUGACGACUAACUCGCCCCAAAAAUGCAGAGAUUUACACUAACCUCCCCCCUCCGUUUCCUUAUUUCUCUUUCUUUUUUUUUUUCCCCCUCCCCCCAAUUGUGUGAGGCCCUCGCUUUAGUGGGGACUCCAGUCACCCACGUGGUUUAGGCACCUGACAGGAAGAAGCGCUGUGCUGGAUUCUGAACGCUUUUUGGGUCCCCUUUCCCAUUUUUUUGGCAAUCUGCAUUUUCCUUGACUUUUUUUUUUUUUCCUGACUUCUCAACCAAAUGUUGCUGUCGAAUCCCUUUUAUUUCCUUCUUCUUUUUUUCUUUACUUGUCUUCCUGGCCCCCCUCAGCCGACGCGUCCUCCUCACCGGCCUUCCCCGGGGGAGGUGGGGCUCCUUUCUAAUUCUCCAGUCGCUGUCAGGCUUUCCGUGAAAGUCCGGCGGCUGCGUGUGCGCGUGUGAACCUGUGUGUGUGCCUGUGAGUGCCGUGUGUUACUGAGAUGACCUGGAGUGAGGGUUACUUGUAAUUAAAAUAUUUAUAAAAGAAACAACUCUAUUUACAGAGUCCAGCUGUAGGACUUAAUCUUUACCUUGGGUGUUUUUCGGGAUUUUCGUUUUGUUUUUUUCUGAACCUAACAGCACUGAUGAUAGGAAAUGAAAGUAGAAAGGCAGCAUUUCCCCACCAGAAAGACCCUUUGCAUUAGACUGCAGGCUUCCAAAAAGUGGUUCCCGCCCUGCCUGUCUCCCCGUCUGUGUAGCCCCUGCAGGGACCAUGUCUGCAUCUGUUUCCCGUGCCCCCCAGUGACCCCCUCCUCCCCUCCCUCCCCUCCCAUCACACUACAUCUGUGCUGCAGGGGGCAGAGGGGUGUCUAGACCUGCUGGGAGCCACCCCCCGGCAGCCCUCGGGACCUUCCCCUCCUCUGCCCAGUCAGUGGGUUUUGCUUUUCUUUCCUAAGCAGGGCUCAGUCUGGGAGGGUGGGAGGGUGGGGGUGCACGGGGGCUGUACCUCUGUGUUGCGAGUGCUCCACGUGUGGAACGUCUGUUUUCUUAGUGCAUCAGGAUGGGGGAGGGCGGGGCGUUGUGAAGCCUGCUGUCCCCUCUGUCAGCUCAGGAGUUGCGGGGGGUUGGGGGUGCCCACGGGCCAACAGCCUGUCAAAGCGUCUGUGUGCUUCCUACCUCCUCCCUCCCUCCAGCUGUGGCAUCUAAGGAGUUGGUUUGGUUUUUUUUUUUUUUUUGAAACUUGCCGGCCACCAGCUGACCUUGAUGUCCAGCUAUCCCUUGCUUUCUUCGCAUCAUGUUGCAGAGAACAGCUGUUUUUUCACCCACCCAUUUCUCCCCCAUUCUGAGCUGGAACUGCUGCUGCCAACAACCAGCCCUUUCCUGGCCAGGGCCAGGGUCAGACUGAGUCCUGCAGGGUGUGAGUGGGAGGGUUGGGUUGUGUUUUUUAAGAGUGUCUUGAUGAUGGGCAGGGGGGGGGUGGGGGGGAGGGUGGGGCAGGAGGGAGCGGGGAGCGAGGGUGGGGGGAGAGAGUUGGCCCUGCCUCGGUGUGGUACAAGGCAUAGACUCGCAUAGACUCUAGAACUUGCAUCUUCUAACCUAGAGAAGUAGGUGCUAUACACAGGGAAUGAAGCGAAAUGCUGGAUGCUUUAGAUCUUUUAAUUGUCUUAAUUGUUUUCUAUGAUUACACUACAGGCUGUAGAUCUCUUAGUUCUCACAGAACUUCUAUCAUUUUAAACUGACUUGUAUAUUAAAAAAAAAAAAGAUCUUAAGUAGGGUGUUUUGUACUGUUGCCAGCCCCUCUUCUGUGAUGGGUAAAUGGAUUUUGAUUGUUUUGGAGAUUUUGUUCUUAAAAAUGUAGCACACUUGACUUUUUUGGCAAGUAAAAAUAAUAAUAAUAAAUAUUAUUCCAGUG